CCCCCCGUGGCCGAGCGGCGCGCGCGCACCACUCGUGUACACGUCUCCGCGUAAAAAUAAAGUCCGCGCCGAGCGCUCGCGUACUUCAACCCAUUUAUAAUUAUUAGUAAAUCGAAGCUCGAGAGCACGACUGCCGUCGCCGCCGGCCGCUCGCGAAAAACAUUAAAACAUUCGGAAACAUUGUGCCAGUGCUCGGCGUCCUGCCGCAAGCCCUUGCUCGCUUUAACUAGACAACGUCACAAAAUCCCUAACACCGACGCUCGCUCAAACCGUAUUAUCGAAUCCGCGACUCCUACGUAAUAGAUACCGGUAUCUUAGAACGCUGAAACAGACUGACUUAAUGUUGAUGUGUGUGGUGUGUUUGUGAUUAUUUUAUAUCAGUGAUAACAGUGCAGUGAAAUUUAAACAAAUAUGCCUGAAAGACCUAAAAGGCGUAAAAAUAAUAAAAACAAACGUAAAAAUAAAAACUUUCGCGCCGAUCCAAGUGUAAGCAAUAGUCGUUCAAAUGAUGAUGGUGACACGCAGUCUCUUGAAAACAAAGAUGUACAGAAAUGUGAAACUGAUUCUAUUGUAGAGGAAAAAAUAGUGAUAGAUAAUUUAUCAGAAAGUGUUUCAAUAAGUACCUCUAAUAAUUUUGAAAAUGUUCAAAUUGUAGAAGAAAGUUGUAAAACUGAUACUAACGUACAGGAUCAAGAAAUUUCGGAUAACUUAUCAGAAAAGACUUCAACAUGUGAUACUAUUGGUCAGGUUGAAAAAAAUGUAGAAGAGAAAUGUGAAAACAAUUCUAUUGUACAGAUAAAAGAUAUCGCAGACAAUUUAUCACAAAAGACAAGUACGACUGACGAUGUUGAUAAAGUCUUUAAAAAUUGUACUAAUGGUGAUAAUAAUAUUAAAGUAAGUAUCGAACCUGCUAAGUUGUUUUUAAAAGGUGAUAACAACUCUGCUAUACUAUGCGAUACAGUCGAAGGCACGCUCAAUAAUGCUAUAAUUUCUAACACCUAUGUUGUGGAAUCUCCUGAUCAAUCAAAUAAAAAGAAAUCAAAAUUAUCAAGCAGUAAAAAGAGCAAAAGUGUUGAUGAUGAUGAAUCUCCAAAAAUCACUGAGAUAACAGAUGAAACGCCUUCAGCAUUAGAUCCAGAAAAUACAAUAAGUUCUACUGAAAAUUCUGGUUUAGUAGUUGAUAUAGAUUCAGAUGUAGAAUGGGAAAAUACAGUAGACUUAGAAGAACAUAAAUUACCAAAAAUUGAAGAACUUGUUACCGGUACCUUGACUGUUACAACGAUGCCUCUCACAGUAGCUCAUUGUGAGCAAGCCAAGUUGUUGAGCCCUGAAGAAGAACAGUCCCUUCGACGUUAUUUACAAACCUUAAAUUUAGCAACUAGUCCAUCUACUUCCUUAGAAAUUAAAACAGAAAUUGAACAAAUUAUCAACAGUGAAAUAAAACAUCGGUUAAGAAAAAAAGGUUUUGCAGAUGAUGUUUUAUCGCAAAGACUCUGCCCACCAAGAACUUUAGAUGUAAUUGAUGAAGAAGGUAGUGGCGAUUCUUCCAUUCAAUCAAGAAGGCACUCUUACUUGAGUGACAAAAAAAGUGAUAUUGAUGACUUAGAAGAUGACGUUUUUGAAAAACCUGGCCAUCAAUCAGCAUUGAAGAAAAAAUAUGAUACUCACUGGAAUAAUAAGUUAAAGGAAAAAUCUUCUACGAGACAAAUACCACAGACAUGUGUACUGGUUGGAGCAAAACUAAAAGAACCGGAAAUAUGUGAAGCAAGGGGCGGUUGGAGUGUACAAACUGUAGAAAAGAUGACUGGUGCAGAAAUUGUUUAUUUAACAGAUUCGUCCAGCAGCACUAGCUCAAUUUACGAUGUUGGUGAAGAUGAAACUGAAAAUGGACAAGACACAGACGUAUCUGUUCGUAUGAUUACACCCACUAUUGAAGUUACUGAUACAGAGAAUUUCUUAAAGAAAACAUUUAUUUCUGAUAAUAAAAACAAUAUUAGUAUUACGGAACAAAAAUCAAUUGAAGCAAAAAAUGAUCUUUCUUCGAAAUCAGAAGAAAGUUUUAAGACAAAUUAUAAACACAAAUCGAGUGUUGAUGAAAUCGAUCGAAAUCUACAUGAAGUUGUUGUUUUAAGCACUGAUAAUAUUAAAACGAAUCUAACAGUGAAGGAUGUUGAUGAAAUGGAAAAACCACAAGAUACUAUUAAAACUGCUGAAAGUCUAGCAGGCAAGUCAGAAAGCAAUUACCCUAUAAAGUCGGAGAACAGAUCCAAUUCAUCAAAACGUUUUCAUGAUUACGACUUAGAAAUGAAAGUCUUAAAAUGUGAAUUAAACGAUGCUAUUAACCAUUUAAUUAUGGAAGUAAGUGAUUCAGAAAUCGUGAAUGAAAGUUCAAAAGAUAGUUUCACUCGACAGGAUUCUUCUAGCAGUUUGUCUUCAUCUCAAUGUACAGCUAUUUACAAUCCUAAUUCAUCGCUCAAUGAUCUAUCCAAUAACGAUGACUCGUCUCAAAUAAGCAAAGAAAUAAAAGAUUAUACAAAAGAAUCAACUACAACUAGUCACGUCAAUGAUGUUAUUGAACAUAUUCAUACAAAUUCUGCACAUAACAUAAAAGAUUUAGAUUCAGUGGUUAAUCAACCACAAAGAUUGCGGGAUAUAUGUGUUGACAAAAUAUCAAGUUUUCCUUAUGGAUUGAAGAUAUUAGAAGAAUUGGCCAACGUCUCUUUACGACUUCAAAGUAUGAAUAACCUUGCAACCGACGAAAUAAUAAACAACGACCUGAUAGAAAUAACUAAAAAGAAAAAUUACGGUCCCAUGGAUACUUCCAAUAAACAAACGUCGAACUAUACCAGACAAACUGUGCAAAAACUAAAAAAAUCAGAAGAUGAUUCUCCACCUCCCAUUCCACCGCCUCCGAUUCCACCUCCACCGGUUAUACCUAGAAAGACAUCGUUAAAGAAGUCUCAAGAAGGUCAAUCACCUUCUGAUGUACAGAAAGUGGAAGUACCUUAUAUUUGUUUAUCUCCAUCACAAAAAAUGUUGAUGGAAAAAACUAACACCGUAGUUACUAAUAUGGAAAAAAAUUCACAAGAAAAUAUAAGCAAAAUAAAUGUGAAUCGUCCGAUUGGGUUAAAAAGUCAGCAGCAGUUCGAAAAGCCUACCAUGCGCCCCUUAAAGUCAGAAACAGGAUCUCGUUUAAUGGCUUUAAUUUCUGAUCCUUCAAUUACGAGUAAUAUAAAGUCAUCGCUUAAUAAAUUUAACGAUGAACAAUCCCACUUUACCCAAAAGAUUGAAGAAACAAAAUCUUCUCGAAAAUAUAGUGAUCCAGACCAGAGAAAAUUUACUUCAGAUAUCUUUAAGCCAAUUCCACCGCCACGGCCAAAAAAAAUGUCAUCUUCUUAUUACGAAAGUGAUGAAAAUUCAGAUUUCGCUGAAAGUUCCUUUAAAACCAUGAAAAGUGAAAAGAGAUCCUUCCAUUUUUCUACCGGGAACUUAAAUAAGGAGAUCGAAGAUGACAUAUCGACCAUACAGAACAUGCAUAGAAAUUACGUAAAUGUACGAGAUCAAAAUAUGGAAGUAAGUAGUCCGCGACGACCCUCUUUGCCGCAAGACUUAUGCGAUCAGCAAAUGGAGUAUAUUCGUCAAAAAGAAAAAGAAGUAGAGGCUGAAAUUCGACGUCUUGAGGAGGAAAAAAUAAAACCGAUAGUCAGAAAAGGGCCUAGAGCUCCUAUGCUAACAGAAAAAGAUAUUAACAAUGAUACGUUAUGGAAUGCAAGACAGAAACACACCACUAGAGGAACGAUAUGGACCACUGGCACGAUGGAUAAAAGCAGAAAAGACAAAAAUUCUAAUAUAUUUAGUAGUAGUCAAGAAGAACUUCUACGGGAAAAGAUGUAUUCUGAAUAUUUAAACGAAAUUUCAGAACGUGAACAAAGAAAACAUCAUAAAGUAAUCAAAAUAACUAAAACUCAAUUACCAUCAGACACAAGAAUGAUUUCAAAAAGUAUGUCAGCUUUAGAUGUCCUUGAUGCACGAGUUAAUAAUAGAAUAGAAGAAGAGUUUAUAUCAAAAGCAAGAGAAAGAUGGAGCAAGCUCGGAAUAAGGGAUCCUGAGAGUGAAGAUGAAAGGAACAACAAAACAAAUGUGUAUAGGGAACCUAAAGUGAUUGAACAUAAAAUCAAAGUAAUUGAAGCUGGUGAAGAAAAAGACGUUCAUAAUUUGCCCAAUCAUUUACAAGAAUUUGUUACUUUCACUGCGGACAAGAACCAGGAGCCGGGAAGCACCGAGACCGUCAUGAUAGCGCCGACGUUCAGAGCUCGCUCGACGUCACCAGCGGUGUGGAGGCCUGGGGCUCCAGCGCCGAGCGUGUCACCGGGCGCGCCGGUCUCGGCGGCUGCGGCAGUGUCACCGGGCGCGGCAGCGGCCAGCUCCGCGCCGCCCCCGCCGCCGCCCCCCGUGUGGUCCCCCGCCGCUUCUCCGCAGGCCCCGCGCAAACCCUUCCGACCUGUACACUUUGAAGACACGCCGCCUGCGCGUAGGAAAUUUGUAAACACGGAGCAAAACGGGUGCACGAGCGGGUCAGAGAGCGAGGGUCGGCUGCGCACUUCCCUGAGCGCGCCCGCCGCCGGCCUUAGUGCGCUGGGCGCUACUAGCCGACUGCCCAGGGUGCAGAAUCCUACGGUCACAUUACUGCAGAAAGCCAGAGAAAAUCAUUUAUCACGAGCAUCCAACAUCCAAGAGAGAGAUCCACGACUCCCUAGGGACAGGCCCAGUCCACCAAUUGGCGACCCAGUACAUGCGUUGCGCAAAGGUUAUCUCAGCGAAGGCGAGGCGGACCGAAGGGAGUACGUUCACACCGGCAGUCGUAAGAUGGCCGAUGCCAACAGGAAAGUAGAAGGAAUCGGUCCCACUACUAAAGAAGGAAUGCCAGUCGCACUUAGAUCUGAGGUCAAAGACCCUUCGAGAUGGUACAAGAAAAUGUACGACACGAUCCACAAAAAUAAAUACGACGACGAUUAUGUGACUAUUCGAUACAAAAAUCGUCAAGGUCAACCGCCGCUACGUGUGUCAAGCAGCAGAUCUCAAUACGCGUACUUCGACCCGCGCUCAGGCUACUUGAGCGAGCCGGAGGGCGGACUGGGCCGGUUGAGCGCAUGCGACGCGUACGACAGUGACGUCACCACCGGCCACCGGAGACGAACCGCCUCCGUGCAGGAAGACAGGAGGGACGACUUCGUAUAUCUACCAAACAAUAAGUAUAGUACAUUAGCAUCAGCUAGAGCUAGUCAAGAAGUUUACAAAAAUCAACCAGGAAGAAUAGAAAACUACGUGCCCGGAAAAUCAUCUGUCGUCGACAAGGAAGCAAAGCAGUGGUGGGACGAGGUCAUGGACAUUUUUGAUGGGUGGUUAGACGACAAUUCUCCCCUGCCUCCUUACACCACGUUGCUGGCACGGGCUAUCCAGAAAAGUCAAAAUAUUUCAAGUACCACCUCUCUGCCGCAAACAUCGCCAAAGGAAAAGAAAGACGUUACAUCAACGAUAUUGUCGAAAUCUAACAUGGCUAGGGCUCUGAAGGAAUCUGGCUAUGAAUCAGAUUCCACACUAAUUUUCCGACGUCGGGAGGAGACCGAUACUCCGCUGUCUCCUGCGGAGAGGCGAGCCGCCUACAAAGACUUGCAGGCCGGCGGCGAACCACCACUCAGAGGGUUCCGCUCCCCGGCACCGCCUAGGCAAGAUGAUUCGGAAAUCGAAUAUAUUCCGAUCUCCUCCACUCUAACGAAGAUUCGAGUUCACAAAAAAACACCACAUGUACAUGAAAUCGUCUGCUAUCCAUUAACAAACAUACAAUCUAGUGAAAUAAACGAUACUUCGAACAAGAUUUUCAAAUUAGACAGACCAGACUUAACGAGAGAUUUCCCCCCAGCGCCGCCAAGAAGAAUAUCUUCGAAAAAUAGCAAGACUCUAAAAUUUGUAACUUCAUCGAGACAUUCUUCAAUAUCACCUAUUAGAACAACAGUAGAAGAUUCAAAUGUAAAUUUUCUUAAAAACAAACUAAAUAAUAAAUUAAACAGACAAAAUACACAUGUCAUUUUAAAAAAGGAUACUAAAAUGAGCUCAAAUAAAUUGAGUAAAUGUCGGGAAUUGUCUACUUCAGCUCCACCGUCGGUUAAUAGAAAAGAUUUAAGUUCAUCUACGUCUAUAUCUAAAAGGAAUACCGUUGAGAGAGGAACUAGCAGUUUUAGUUCGCCUAGGAGAACCUUGCAGCCGACGGAAUACUCUACUCAAAAUAAACCUGGCGAUUCGAAUACUUCAGUCGUAAUAGAAAAUGGGGCUGGACGAAGAACACCGAUUUCUAAUAUAUUAGAUAAAGUUACGUCUUUAGAUAAACUAUGGAGCUCUCAAAAAAGAAAUGAAAGGAUAGACGUAACAAAAUACAAAGAACGAUCAAUGAAUAAAAUUUCUAUUGCAACUACUAGUAGGCCGAGCACAAGUAAAACUUCGUCAUGUCUGGACGCUAAAACUUUACCUAGAAAUGUCACUCACAAAAGCAGGGAUAUGGUUCGAACUUCAGAAAAAAUACAAAAACUGAAAAGUUCUAAUACAUUACCUAAACCAAAUUUUCCACUUACUUAUAAAAGUGCAACGACCAAAUCUUCCAGAUUGGGAUCCUUACAAGCUACGUCUAACAUUUCAAAGUCAACUUCAAAUAUUCCGUCUAACACGAAAAAAGUAAACAACAUACGAACAGCUGUUGUGACAAAUCUUAAAAAGAAGAAAUCGUUAGAAAGUGUUGUUAUAAGACCAAGAAGUGUGCCUUGCCAUGAAACAUGUAAUAAAAAAACGAAAUAUCCUGUGUUGAAAAAAGAAUCAGUAAAAUCAAAAACGAGCGAUACAUCGUUAGUUGCCGAAUUAGCAGAAAACCAAUUUAAAACUUAUGGACAAGAAGGUUUUGAUUAUAGUUCUCCAAAGGACAUAACUCGUAAACAAAUAAACCCUAAGGAUUUGAAAGAAACACGCGAGUCUGUUCUUUCGGAUUCUUUUUUUCGACAUCUUUUUCUAGGAUCAACACCUGUUCCUGCUAAUUCUAUAGCAGAACAAAGUCUACUGAAUUCAGUUCAAGAAAAAGCAAAACAUUUUCAAUCUCUUCCACAAACAAUAACUCCUAAUACAUCUAAUAAAUUUAAUUCAUACUUAAUACAUAGAAAACCCGUUUCACUUUCUCGUUUUAAGGCUUGGGAUAAAAAUUCAAGUCCCACCCGUACUUAUAAUGCACGAUCAGUAUCAUGGCCUGGCAAAAUGGAUGGAGAAAUACGGAAAUUCCAAAGCUUAUCAAAACCUGAUGGAUUCGGAUCAAUGUCCUCGCUAUCGACAAUUCGUAGCAAAAGCGAGCCACCAACUAAUAAGAUAUAUUUUUCUCAAACAUCUAGGCCCGUUUCUCCUAGCAUCGUUUUCUACAAAAAAACCGAAAUAGAGAGAAAAUCUGUCUCACCUUCGAAAAUAAUUUAUUUACAACCAAGAUCAACAUCUCCUUACAGCAUACAUAAAACACCACAUGUAAAGUUUUCGUCUGAGGAAACAUCGAAAAAAUUACAAAAACCAAUAAAAACAAUUCAAUCUGAAAAUGAUGACACUCCCAAUACAAUUUCCUUUUCACAAAAGUCAAGGCCAGUAUCGCCUAAAGUUAAAAACACAUCUUCGAAGAGUAGAAGUCAAUCAACUUCACCCGUUUCAUUCAGGUCCCCGUCGUAUCGCCGAAUACAUAAUGCCCGAGUACAAAGUCGGCAGCUUAGUGAAUUGUGUAGAAAGGAAAAUAGGACAAAAAGUGCCGAUAGUUUAGAAAUUAAUAAAUAUCGUAAAAAUGAUACAAUAAGAGCUAAAAGUGAUACAAAUUUAUAUACCAAUGAUCCUGAUUACGAUGAAUACAUUCAAGAUAUACAAAACUCAAAACUUAGAUCGGAAAGAUUUCGAGAACUAAACAGGUAUUAUGCUUAUUUGGAACGAGUUGCUGAGCUUGAAAAGGCAACGUCGACUUGUGACUUACGACAUAGAAAGAAAGACGAAGAAAUUAUAGAUUUCGAUCGCUGGAAAAAAAUAAGAGCAAUAGAAAGGGCAGAAGAGGAAUUAAACAAUCUUUAUCAUAAAUUAAAAGUUGCCCAAAGUGAAAAUAGUAUUCUAUUUUAUCCUAAGGAUCUAAAUGAUUUCCGAUGGAACUCUGGCAAAGAGAGAGGGCUUAGAGUUAAAGAAAAAUCGGUGGAAGAUCUAAAAGAAGAGUUUCAACAGAAAACUUACCCUGAACCCUCAGAGUCUGGCCAGUUUCAAGACCGAUACAAACCGCUAUGGAGAGGAAAAAGUGUUGCGGAAACAGCAUUUAAUAUUAACAAAAAAGGUGAUUCUGAACAAAAAAAAUCACGUAUAACAAAUAAGUCCAUAAAAUUAGUGAGCCAAGAUACUUCUUUUAGUGAACUUCAAAAAAAACUCGGCCUUAAGAAUCAUUUAUGGAGUAGUUUGUCAAUGGAUCAAGUAAAUGCGUUAAAGAAUCAAUUAAAUGCAAUUUAUAGCAAAGAAUUAGAAACAAAAACAAAUAAAGAACAUGACAAGUACACAGUUGAAAUAAAAGAUACAAAUAAUAUAAAUAAACCAGCACUACAUGUCAGAUGCAACUCUUUAAUUACAUCACCGACUACCGCAGGACACGGGCACGACUUAAGCAAAUCUGAUUCUAUAGCGGCAAUCGCUUAUACUAGAUCAUCUGAAAAAGAUAUGAAAAACAAUGUUAACAAACAAAUGAGUUUAAGUGAAAUUGAAAAAAAGAAAAUAUCGCAGUCUUUAAGUAAAGAAGUCUUAAAUAGAAUAAAUAAAAAUGAAAAAUCAGAAAUCAAACCUUUAGAAAUAAAACAAAUUAGUACUAAAGAAAGUGACAAUACCUUAAUAAAAAAUAAAAAUGAGGUGAAAUCAAGAUCUGAUUUAGAAACCAAUUUGUCCAGCCUUAUAACUAGAGAUAUUGAGGAUAAAAGAAAAAGACACAUAGUAUUUCCAAUCGCUAAUACAGAAACUACUUAUCAUUCUUCCACAAGCGAGACAGAAACUGGUAGUUCAGAUAUCUCGAAUAAAACCGCAAUUUACAAAGGACCUAGUAAAGAAGUUUUAAAAAAAGUAGAAUAUUUUGAAUCUGUUACCAGUAUAACAAAACCCAAUGUUAUUUAUAGCUCGAGAGAAAACUCUGAGGAAGCUACAAGUCUAUUGAAAGUUAACUCUUAUUGUCGUGAUAUUAAGGCAGACCAAAAACCUCUAUCUCAAUCACAGUCUUGCACAAAUAUUAAGGAGCUCUUUGGUGAAAGCGAAAAAAACAAAUUUUUGUCAUUACCCUCCCAACCCGACCUACAUUCGAGAUCGCCCUCACCAUAUUCGGAAGUAUGCAUUAGCGAUCGACAUACACCUGACACGCUACGAUAUUCCAGCGACGAGGCCAUGUGGCGCAGUCGGACUCCAUCGCCCGAUCCGGAGCGGUACUGGCGGGCUUACAUAAAGCUGGCGCGCGCGGGGGAGGUGCGCCGCCUCGCCCGACGGUUCGACUCGCCCUCGGCGGCCGGCGCUGUACUACGACGACAUCGGAGCGAUCCCGAAAUCGCGCGUAAUGUCCUCAACAUUAACUGGUCUAGUACAGAAAAAAACUCACCUCAACGGGAAAGAUGUAGAGCCAUACUGCCAGUAGCGAGAAUUCCGCUCCGCCCUACGAACCGAUUUAUGCCCCACAUUGAUGUCAUUUCAAAGUUAGCAGCGUUGCGCAAACGUACUUCACCUCGGUCCAGAUCUGCGGAAGAGGCUUUGGAAUGUCGUCCAGGUGAAGUGGAACGAAUAAGAAAACGUUUUGAGGCGAUGUCACUUCUGGGCCCGAUAUAUUCUUCGGCGCCCGACGUUCGCGAGCUACACGAUAUAGCACCGUAUUUGGCGGGCUCGUGGAUCGCGCAUCGUUACCCGAAGCCCAGCGAUAACAACAGGUCGAUUCCGAAUACUGAAACGCUCAUUAAUGGUCGCAAAUCCCCCAUAAAAAAGGAACCAAAACUCGCGAUGACUAAAGAUUCAGUGAAACUUAGCUCUAUUUUAAAGUGCGAUCACUUAGCUAAACAAGAGUUUGACCCCGCGGCACAUCGGCCGGCUAGUCGCUAUGAGCCCCCGCGAGCACCACCGCGGCCUCCGCCCGCCGCCUGGCCCCAGCGCCUCGCGCCCUUUGUCACCGCCUCGCGACACACCGUUACAUUUCAAGAGAACGAUUCAGCCCCGGAGCCACCGCGCAGAGUAACGCACGGGAGCUAUUCAGAUACAGAAUCCCCGUCGCGGCGGUACGUGGAGGGCGACGUGAACAUCCACUACAGAUGCCCGGUGCGCCGCGAGCCGCUGCCGCUGGUGCCGGAGCGCGAACUGGCGCGACACCAAGCCGAGCACAUGAAGCGACUCUACCGCGACCAGAAGCGACACAAAUACCUACAGGAAAAAGACAUUCAUCUGUUCGACAUUGAAGCCUUUGAUGCAUCAAUAAAGGAGCUUCAAGACAUGCAGAACAGGCGGCAUCAGGAUAACUUUAUGCCGUCACAGAAGACCGUCGUACCUCUGAACAGAUACGAUGAAGCAGAAAAAUUGGUGGCAAGAGCGCUUUACGCAUUCAAUGGACAAACGACGAGGGAACUUACCUUCAAGAAAGGAGACUUGAUCAAUGUGAGACGACAAAUCGAUUCAAAUUGGUACGAAGGCGAAGUUCACGGCAGAAUUGGACUGUUCCCAUAUAAUUAUGUUGAGAUUUUAAAAGGAGACACGUACACACAUUCACCAAAGAAGCCGGUAGCAGUAGAAGGACAAGCUCGAGCGAAGUUCGACUUCACCGCACAGACGAACCUCGAACUACCACUGAAGAAGGGUGAAGUGGUAGUGUUAACGCGGCGCAUAGACCAAAACUGGUGGGAGGGCAGGAACGGCACAAAGACCGGCAUUUUCCCCGAUAGUUACGUCACCGUACUACAGGAGCCGAGUCAAGCUGAACCUCCAUCAUUGGCACACAAUGCAUGUAACGUGGAGAAGCCGGCGGCAUCGCCCGCGGCGCACGGCCUGGUGAAUGGCGCGGCGCGACGCACGCUGCAGCAGCACAGCUACACUCCGCAGCACAAUAGUCCCGCGCUUGCCAACGCACCGCCUGCCACCGCGCCUCUACCAGUUUCAGGUUACUUAGCGAAGCCGGCUCAUGCGACAUUAGCGUCAUCGGAGCGCGGCUACGGCGCAGCGCCCGCCGGUGACCUCAACAACGCAGAGCCGCUGUACGUCGACACCAAUGCAGAAGCUGUGCCGUACCGCGCGAUGUACAAGUAUCGUCCGCAGAAUCCGGACGAGCUGGAGCUGCAGGAGGGAGACACGGUGUACGUCCUGGAGAAAUGCGACGACGGCUGGUACGUCGGCUCCAGCCAACGCACAGGACGCUUCGGAACCUUCCCCGGUAACUACGUGGAGCGCAUCUGAUAGCGCCAGCCGUCGCUGCUGCGUCGGUUGCGCCGCGCAACCUUCUGCGCGCGACGUUCACACUGACUCACGCACACACGCACACACACCGGUCAUACGCACGCGGAUACACAAACCAUAAUCUUACAUACAGACUAUACGUGUAAAUUAAAACGUGCCAAAGGUUAACAUUUUCUGUUCCUGUCAAGGAACUAUUAAACUUCCAGAGGCGCAAAACAUUUUGUUAUCUUUUCUGUAUAUCGAAAUUUCACACGCAAAUUACUAUUAUUUAUAAUAUGUACGUAGAACGUGUAUUUAUAAUUUUUACUCGAGGCUUAAAGGUGAUUUGCGUGUGAUAUUAAGAUCCGUGUACAAUACUUAACUAUUAUGUAACUAUCUGCUGUAUAUUGCAUAUCUCCAAGUGCGUAUGAAAAUGGUGAUAAUGGACAAUUUAAUUUAACAUAUACAAUAUUAACCUACAUUGGAGCUUUUAUACUUUAGCACAUUAGACUACGUAUCAUAAAAACGUGAUUAUAUUCGUCAUCAAGUCACGAAUAUGUAAUGUCGACAAUUGGUUUAAUAUUUAUUUCCUUAUUGGAUUAAAUAACAGACUAUCGCAUCAAUGUUAGAGUAGUUAAAAUAGAUCUUUGUAAUUUUAUGUAACGAUUUAUAUUUAACGUUGUAUGUACGAAAAUUAUGUUACCAAAACACAACCAUGACUUUUAUAACGUUUUAUAAAUUAAUAAUGUAAGUUCAACCAUAUUACUGUCAUGUACAAAUAGUGCCCCAAUAUUUACUCACCAAAACAUUAAUAAUAAAUCAUGUUUCUACUUUUCCUUUCUGUAUGUUCUAAAGUCUUCUUUCUCUUUUGAUCACGUACUUUCUUGGAAACCAAUAUUGCUAAUCGAAGCUAUCCAAAGUUAUUUUAAACGUCCCAAAGAAUAUGUUAUUGGAUAAUUACGGUGUUGUAUAAUUGUAAAAAAAAUAAUAAAAAUACAUAUAUACAUGUAAAGUUGUUUGGUAGAUAUAGUUAUUUAUUUUAAAUGAACGGAGGUGAGGAUGGGAGCUCCUCUUUUAAAAUAACUUUUAAAAGAGCGAAGCCGGGCGCGUGGGUAUACAUGUAAAUGUUACUAACAAAUCUACGUAUCACUUAUUCCUUUCUAACUCUACGUGUUUAAUAACUUCGAUGUUCUAAGAUGCUUUCUUAAAGACCACAGACUUAAAUUCUUAAGACUACUUAAAAAGUAUUAACGAUAUUUUAAUCUGAUGUGAUAAUGAUCCUUCACAAUUUGGUAUUAUAUUACAUUAUUCCGUAUUAAAUAUGGUCUAGGAACGUAGAGUUAGUAAAGAACUAGUGUAAAAACUCGAUACAAAAAUCAAACUUUGAAUCUAACCAAGAGUGAUAGCAAAGUUCUGAUGUUUUGUGAAUUGGCUUCAAUGCGGCUUUAUUAAUAAGAGCUAACGUAUUUCGUAGAGAGCGCAUAAAUUAAACGGUAUCAAGGUUCUGUUACCGCGCAAUACGCAUGUCGUAAUACUCAUAAAUAUGACGCCUAGAUACGUCAUAACCAUCUCGAUGUGUAGUUUCCUAGUAAAUGUAUUUUAAUUUCUAAUGUAUAGUUUUAUAUUAAGUUACUUAAAAACUAUACGCACAAAAAUUGUCAUUAAUAUUAAAUGAUUAUGACGUAUCUAUGCGUUUCAUAUAUCUAUGGUACGGAGAAACAUUAGGGCGAGUGUAAUUGGCAACGUUGACAAUACUAUUUGUAUGCUUAAUUGAAAUAAGAGAUAUUAUAUAUUCGAUGUAACGAUAGGAAUGCUAUUAUUGUGAAAUAUAUCUAAUAUGUUGUCAAUAUGGACUUUAGCAGUAUCUAGUCAUUGGUUUUUGUACCGGUCAUUUUGUAUAUUCUGUUCGUAAACUCUGUAAAUUCUGUAAACUGUAACUCUCUGUAAACUUGUUCGUUGUCAAAUCCUGUGUAAUUAUAGAAGUCCCCCAUAGCAAAAGUUUCGUAUUGAAUGUUUAUGGUAAUUGUAAGAUGUCGCUAAACCAAAGCAGACUGUUUCUCGCCCUCUUGUGAAAGCUUGUUUUGUGUAGUACGCACGCUAUAGAUGUUUCGAUUUUAUUUUUAUUUUUAACAUUUUGUUGUAUUUAAUUUUGUUAAUUUAUUUUUAGAUGCACAAAUGUUUUUAUUUUGUUGACACCGCGACAUGAGAUGUAACAUUAACCGGCUAUUGUUUUAUAUCAUCACGAUUAAUAAAUAUAAUCUUUUUU